CUCACCGAAAUCGAACCUCACCGCUCCUGUCUCACCAGCACCGCUCCUGUCUCCAGCAUCUCUAGCCAUCCCCCAACUCUCUCGCUGCCGGUCCAACUCACCGCGCCCAUCGCCUCCCCCAACCUCUCUCGCUGCCGGCCGGAAGUCUAACCUCCAGCCUCCAGUUCAGCUCGCGUCUCCAGUCUCUGUGCCAUCCCCCAACUCUCUCGCUGCCGGCCCAACUCACCGCGCCCAUCGCCUCCCCCAACCUCUCUCGCUGCCUGCCGGAAGUCUAACCUCCAGCCUCCAGUUCAGCUCGCGUCUCCAGUCUCUGUAGAUACCGGUAAUCGAGCAUCAACUCGGAGCCUCCAGCCUCUGUAGCUACUGGAAAUCGAGCAUCAACUCGGAGCCCGUGUUGUGGAUGUGGAUAUUUUGUUUCCCCUUCAUUCGCCCCUUGGUCGUUUAGUUGGUGGCUGCUCAAGUUCGCGACGAUUGCACCAGCCCUAGCUCAAGUUUACAGGCGAGGUACUUAUUAGGUCGCUGGAGCGGAGAUUAGUUGUCAUUUUUAAGCAGCUGAAGGGGACCAUUUUCAGCUGGGCAAAUCGUUGAACAGGUUCUGGGCAGGAUAAGAAAAGGGCACCCUAGGAUUGAAGAAACCACAAUCGUUAACCGUCUUUGUCCGUCGAGACACCACCAGUCCGCCACUUGAAAACAACAACAGCAACACUCGAGCGCAACUGCUCCACCAGUCUUUCUUCCACCACUCGAAUACUAUUAAGUGAUUCACAGUAAGUUCUAUGCAUCGAAGAAGAAGUAUUCCCCAUGGGAAGUCAUCGACAAUCUCAAAUAAUGAGUCAAUUCGACCAUUAAAAAUUGAAUGGUAUAAGAGAGCUGUUUUUUUUCCACCAGAAGGUGUAGUGGAUUCUAAUCAGUCUCUAUCUGAAGCACAAAAUAAAAUUUCCGAUGAAAUUGAUGCACAUAAGUGUGAGUUGAGGAGAAUUACUCAACCGUUGACCAAAUUAGCAAGAAGGAAACGUGCACUUUAUAUAAGGCAGAGGCGUAUAUAUGGAAGAAUGGUGAACAUUCCUACUGGACUGCAAAAUGAGAUGGAUAAGUUACAAUCAAAGAGAAAUAGAUUAUUGAGAUCCAUCAAACUUGCCGAAAAUCGUUAUAACCAUCUUCGAUUGAUGCGUUCUGGUGACUUUCCAGUUGUAGAAGUGUUUGAUAUUGGAAAACCAUCAUAUAAAUGUGUGUAUUGUGGAGCGAUAAUGUGGAAGGAAGAAAGCACCAAAGCCACGAGGAAUUCCAAUGAACCAAAGUUUUCGUUGUGUUGCAGACAGGGUAAAGUGAAACUCCCUCCUCGAAGACAACCGCCGGAGGUUUUGAAUAUGCUAUUGCAAGCAAACACUUCAAUGGCACGUCAUUUUCUGGAACAUAUCAGAGGAUAUAAUGCAGUCUUAGCAUUUACUUCUAUUGGAGGUAAAUUGGAUCGAUCUAUAAAUAAUGGACGCGGAGUAUAUGUUUAUUCGAUUGGGGGUCAAGUAUAUCAUCGAAUC